CUCCCUCACAUAGACCAAUAGCCAGCCAAAUACAAAACCGCAAAAGCUCAAGUCCCCAUCUCUCUCUCUCUCUCUCUCUCUGUUACUUUCUCUCUCCUUCUCCAUGGGUUUCCCGCUCGGCUACACGGAGCUUUUCCUUCCAAAGCUGCUGAUCCACACGCUCGCCGUUCUGGGUUUCAUCAGAAAACUCAUUUCCUGGCUGUUUCAGAUAGUGGGUCUCGGCGAAUUUCUCGAACCCGAUAUCGCCUGGUCCGACGACACUGCCCGAUCGCCCGAGUUGCGGCCCGUCUACGCCGGCCUGAUCCGGGAGCUGCUGCCGGUGGUGAGGUUCGCGGACCUGGCGCCGGAGGACCCGCCGGAGAGCUGCGCCGUCUGCCUGUACGAGUUCGAGGGGGACGAGGAGAUCCGGCGGCUGACCAACUGCCGGCACAUUUUCCACCGGAGCUGCCUGGACCGUUGGGUGGACCACGAUCAGCGGACCUGCCCCCUCUGCCGAACCCCCUUCAUUCCCGACGAUAUGCAGGAGACCUUCAACCAGAGACUAUGGGCGGCAUCUGAGAUUCCUGAUUCCUACCUCUUCGGCGACUCUGCAAUCUCUGGUUUGUAGCUUCUUUAGAUCCCCUAAAAAAAAAAAGACGGGAAAAUUAAUAAUUGCAAUAAGAAGUAGGGAAGUUUAUAUGAUGGAAUGGUUUAUGUUGUGUAAAUAUAGCACAUCUGAUCUUGGAAAAAAUAUAUAUAUAGAAAUUAAACUUCAGUUGCAGAUUGA